GGAGGAGGCGGAGCCAAAACGCGUUUAAACUUGGGCACCGCCGCUGCUCGUAGCCGGCGUCUCCAACAUGGCGGCCCCCCAGGAUGUCCACGUCCGGAUCUGUAACCAAGAGAUCGUCAAAUUCGAUCUGGAGGUGAAGGCGCUUAUCCAGGAUAUCCGUGAUUGUUCGGGACCCUUGAGCGCACUAACAGAACUGAACACUAAAGUGAAAGAGAAGUUUCAGCAGUUACGGCACAGAAUACAGCCAAUUGUCAAAGAACAUUUAUUUAGACUGCUUAUUUUUUAUUUUUUAAAGCUAACUUAUUCCCUUAAAAUCCUUUCUUCAACUCAGCAUAGCUUCACCUCUCCAGCCACACCUGCUACUUACAAUGAGCUUGAGCAGUUGGCUAAAGAGCAAGACAAAGAGUCAGAGAAGCAACUUUUACUCCAAGAAGUGGAGAAUCACAAGAAGCAGAUGCUCAGCAAUCAGACCUCGUGGAGGAAAGCCAAUCUCACCUGCAAAAUCGCAAUCGACAAUCUGGAGAAAGCGGAACUUCUCCGGGGAGGAGAUCCCCUCAGGCAAAGAAAAAGCACCAAAGAGAGCCUGGCCCAGACGUCCAGCACCAUCACGGAGAGCCUGAUGGGGAUCAGCAGGGUGAUGUCCCAGCAGGUGCAGCAGAGCGAGGAGGCCAUGCAGACGCUAGUCAAUUCAUCACGGACAAUCCUGGACGCAAAUGAAGAAUUUAAGUCCAUGUCGGGGACUAUCCAGCUGGGUCGGAAGCUCAUCACCAAGUACAACCGCCGAGAGCUGACGGACAAGCUUCUCAUCUUCCUCGCCCUGGCCCUGUUUCUUGCUACGGUCCUUUAUAUUGUGAAAAAGCGACUCUUCCCGUUUUUGUAAGACCCAGGAGUUGGCAGCUUUGGCCCCCUCAGCUCCGGAUUCAGGAUCCGUCCAUGCUCCAGCCCAGCAGGCAGGGUGGAAGCACGGCCCCCAGUGCUGCAGCGGCUGGCUUGUGGAGAGGGACAGAGCGCCGGGAAGGAGGCCCGUCACUGGGGCGCCGAGGGGACACAGGGACUGUAGCUCAGGCGGGGUGCACCGGAGCCGCUACCUGGGGAGCACUCAGAGUCCAGCCUCUCAGAUUCGUCUCUCCCCUCCCUCCCCUCCUGGCCUUGAGAGCCAGGCCUGGUUGGGGAAGAUGAGGACGCAUGGCCAGUCUUUGACUCAACCUAAUCCUGUUCAAUAGAACGCAGUGCACUUGGUCUACAGUGCAUGCUGGG